AUGGCUCGUUUUCUCCUGAGACUUAAACCCAACCCACCAUUUUCCACUUUUUCGCUGCAGCGCCAUACAUCUCUCACGUCGGUUGCGAGAAUGUCUACAUCGGCGAAAUCUUCCAAGUUCAGUCAACUUCCUCGGGCCUCGUCUGGACCUUUGGUGUGCCCGUUUGAGGGGAGAGAUGCGCUGCAGUCAUGCCAGUUCAACAAAGGCUCGGCGUUCACGGAGGAGGAGCGCAGAACAUUCAAACUUCAUGGUCUACUUCCUCCCAAUAUCCAGACCCUCGAGGAGCAGGUUCAGCGGGCGUACGAGCAAUAUAGCAGUCGAGAUAAUGAUCUGGCCAAGAACACGUUCAUGGCUAGUAUGAAGGCUCAGAAUGAGGUCCUCUACUACAAGUUGAUUGAUACCCAUCUCAAGGAGAUGCUUAGCAUAAUUUACACACCCACUGAAGGCGAUGCAAUCCAAAACUAUUCUCGACUGUUCCGGAAGCCAGAGGGCUGUUUCCUGAACAUCAGGGACCAGGACAGGAUUGACGAAUGCCUUUCCAAUUUCAGUCGCGGCGAGGAAGUCGACUAUAUAGUCGUCAGCGAUGGCGAGGAGAUUUUAGGAAUUGGUGACCAAGGCGUUGGCGCCAUCUUGAUCUCGGUUGCCAAAUUGGCCCUUACCACGUUGUGUGCUGGGAUACAUCCAAGUCGGCAAUUGCCGGUGGUCCUAGACUGCGGUACAGAUAAUGAAUCACUUCUCAAGGACGAGCUAUACCUGGGCCUGCGACAGUCGCGCGUUAGAGGUGAGGAAUAUGACCAAUUCGUGGAGAAGUUUGUAGAAACGGCUCGAAAGUGGUUCCCCCGUGCAUAUAUACACUUCGAGGACUUUGGCCUUCAUAACGCCAAGAGGAUCUUGGAUAAGUUCAAAUCGCGUAUUCCAUGCUUCAAUGACGAUAUUCAGGGAACUGGGUGUGUCACUUUGGCUGCCCUGUUAUCCGGAUUCCACGUGGGUGGUAUCAAGUUAGAGGAUGCUCGUGUCGUCGUCUUCGGAUCUGGAUCGGCGGGCACUGGCAUCGCGGAGCAGCUCGCCGAUACCAUCGCAACUGAAACACACAAAUCUAAAGAAGAAGCCUCCAAGCAGAUAUGGUGUCUCGAUAAACCGGGUCUCCUGGUCAAAUCUCUUGGAGAUCAGCUCACGCCAGCCCAAGUACCCUUUGCGCGAGACGACAAAGAGUGGCCUGAUGCAAAUUCGCGCGAUCUGCUUUCGGUAGUGAAGAAGGUGAAGCCGCAUGCCUUGAUUGGGACAUCGACUAAACCAAACUCUUUUACCGAGGAGGUGAUCCGGGAAAUGGCGAAGCACGUCGACAAGCCAAUUGUAUUUCCCCUCAGUAACCCGACUCGGCUGCACGAGGCACAGCCUGAGGACAUCAAUCGUUGGACUGAUGGCCGAGCUUUGAUAGCCACCGGCAGUCCUUUCCCACCCGUCGAUCGCAACGGGGGAAAGUAUGAGAUAGGUAUGUGCAUUUCCCACUGCAUAGCGAAGAUAGGAUCAUCCCAGCUGAUGCCUUGCUCACUUGAUGGUGCAGCGGAAUGUAACAACUCGACAUGCUUUCCCGGAAUCGGAUUGGGCGCAGUUCUGUCGCGAACACGAACGUUGUCCAACAAGAUGCUUGUGGGUGCAGUCAAGGCAUUGGCAGCACGGUCGCCGGCACUGCAGGAUCCCGACGGACCACUUCUACCUGACGUCAAGGAUGUACGCGAGCUUAGCGUCGACAUUGCCAAAGCAAUUAUUAAGACGGCGGUCGAAGAAGGGCAUGCUCAAGAGGAGGGAAUUCCCGCGAAUGAAGAUGAGUUAGAAGAGUGGAUUCGGGCACAGAUGUGGGAACCCGUGUACAGGCCCCUUGUGAAGCCACAACAACAACAACAACAACAACAACAACAAUGA